UUAUGACGCCUAAACUAAUUAUUACUCCGUAUUAAAAAGCUGAAAGGAUGUUGCUAGGUGAACUCGAUCUCAAGUCAAGUCACAUGGACAACGGCCAGUGAGCGAAGCAUACCCAGACCGAGUGCUGAGUGGUUGGGGGGCAUACCGGAGGUCUCAAGCUGGCUUUCAGUCCGAAGCGAGCCACGGCGGAGCUCCGCCACUCCAGCUCCUUGGGUAACCGAGCGUCGCAGUCUCCGAUGAAGCGCGACGACGUCGGGUUGUCUCCCUUGUCGCCGGGAAAUGUGUCAGUUGACGAGGACGACGAAGACGACUAUCGCGACCGUCACCCGCGAGAUCGCACCCCUUCCCUGCUAUCUGCCAACCUGCAGGCGGUAUUCCCCUUCUUGUUCGCCGAAAGGUCUCACCAAUACAACUCCAAGAUCUUCUUUCUUCUCUUCCUGGCAAUCAUCGCGGCCGUAAUGAUCUCGGCAUUUUCUAUCUUUAAGAGAUUGAAUGGUCCAUAUUUGUGCUACAAGGAGGGCAUAACUCUUCAUUGUCCACGGGUUAAGGAGCCUCCAUCACUUUGGGAGAAUCCUUACUCUUCAACAACCUCCUGGAAGGCCUGUGCCGAAAGACGAGAGGAUCUAAUUUCAGAUCUUCUAUCAGGAAAUGAUACAAAUGGAUAUAUAUUUAUUCAUGCUGAGGGUGGUCUAAACCAGCAAAGAAUUGCUAUCUGCAAUGCCGUUGCAGUGGCUAAAAUAAUGAACGUGACUCUUAUAUUACCGGUGUUAAAACAAGAUCAGAUAUGGAAGGACCAAACGAAAUUUGAAGACAUAUUUGAUGUUGAUCAUUUUAUUGACUAUUUGAAGUAUGAUGUGCGAAUUGUUCGCGAUAUACCUGAAUGGUUUACUGACAAAUCAGAGCUGUUCACAAGCAUAAGACGAACAGUGAAGAACAUUCCGAAAUAUGCUUCAGCAGAGUUUUAUAUAGAUAACGUUUUGCCAAGAAUAAAGGAGAAGAAGAUAAUGGCAUUAAAACCUUUUGUUGAUCGACUUGGGUAUGAUAAUGUUCCGUCAGAGGUAAACAGGUUGAGGUGCAGAGUGAAUUACCAUGCUUUGAAAUUUCUGCCCCAUAUUGAACAAAUGGCCGAUUUACUAGCUUCAAGGAUGAGAAACCGAACUGGUAGUUCAAAUCCCUUCAUGGCACUUCAUCUAAGGUUUGAAAAGGGGAUGGUGGGCUUAUCGUUCUGCGAUUUUGUGGGGACCCGGUUAGAAAAGUCACUAAUGGCUGCUUACAGAAAAAAAGAAUGGCCACGGAGGUUCAAGGAUGGUUCACAUUUGUGGGCAUUGGCUCUGCAGAAGCGGAAGGAAGGACGGUGCCCUCUUGAGCCUGCUGAAGUUGCAGUGUUGCUUAGGGCAAUGGGUUAUCCUAAAGAAACUCAAAUAUAUGUUGCUUCUGGGCAAGUUUAUGGUGGGCAAAACCGCAUGGCGCCACUUAGGAACAUGUUCCCUAAUCUUGUUACAAAAGAGGAAUUGGCUAGGAAGGAGGAAUUGGAUGAAUUCCGGAAGCAUGUAACGAGUUUGGCGGCCCUUGACUUUCUUGUUUGUUUGAAAUCCGACGUUUUUGUAAUGACGCAUGGAGGAAACUUUGCCAAACUGAUAAUAGGGUACAGAAGGUACAUGGGUCACCGCCAAAAAUCCAUAAAACCAGACAAGGGUUUAAUGUCCAAAUCCUUAGGGGAUCCUUACAUGGGAUGGGCAAGCUUUAAAGACGAUGUUGUCAUUACUCACCAGACAAGGACUGGAUUGCCAGAAGAGACAUUCCCAAACUAUGAUAUCUGGGAGAAUCCUUUAACUCCUUGCAUGUGCAGAGCCUGACUCACAUUAAGUUAGUUGGUGAAGGUGGAUCUCUAACUCUCUUUUGGAAGAAUAUUCUUUUUCCGGAGAACAUUUUGCUUUGACCGAUCGGCAGUUUGUGUAGCAUUAGCAUAAUACUCAAAAGGUUGCGAUGAGAGAGAGCGAGAGCAGAAUCAAGAUGGACGUGGUAACUUGCAUAUUGAGUGGCCCGUAAUUUUUCACCUAAUGUCGUGAUUCCCUUCACACGGGGAAUUGCAGUUUUGUAUGCUGGAUAUUAGAUUAUUCUCAACUGCUUCAAGAAAAUGUGUAAAUUACAGCUAUACUGAGCAUCUGGUGUAUUUUCUUCAUUAGAAUUAUUAUAACUUGAUAUCAAUAUAUUUGUCUGUUGGUAAAGGUUGAUCAUUUGUAGUUUUUUCA